UAAUGACAUCUAUUGUUAUGUUUGUUAUGAUUGCUAUGAAAGUGUCGUUCAAUUUAUUUCAAUAAUAAUAACUGUAUUAUUAAUAAUCAAUUGAUUUGAUUUAACUAUUUGUUUCAAUACAUUGAUGUCCAACACAUCUGUCAUCUGAUACCUCACGAGCUAUGAGUUCAGUUGAAUGGCCAUCACUUCUGUCACGAUUAAUAGCAAAAGAAGUGAACUUCAAGUGGAGAUUGGGAUCAAAAGUAAUUGUUCCGACAGUUGGUCUGAUAAGCAAAUUAUGGAUGCAAUGUCUUAACUCAAGUCAUGUCCAAAAUCGGGUCGUAUUGUUGGACACUUUGGCCAAACAUUACAAGAACAAAGACAAGAGACCAUUGAUAACUAUAUCAAACCAUUCCUCCUGUUUGGAUGACCCUUUGAUUUGGGGAGUAUUAAUACCAAUGAAAUGGCAGCUCAAUGCCGGUCGACAUCGAUGGUCAGCAGCGGCUCAAGAGAUUUGUUUUACUAAUGUCUUAUAUUCGAUGUUCUUUGCAAUGGGAAAAACAUUUCCUAUAAUAAGAGGUAAAGGAUUAUAUCAACCGGCGAUGGAUUACGCGUUAAAUCUACUAAAAGAUGGUCAAUGGAUUCAUUUCUUUCCUGAAGGAAAAGUUGUUAUGAGAAAUAAAGAAAUUGAUUCACUUCGUAGUCCAAGACUUGAGACACACGUUAAUGUUAGUGAAGACAUUGAUUGUGAAGUGAAACCGUCUUAUGAUUUGAAGUGGGGUUUGGCUCGACUUUUAUUGGACCACGUCUUCAAUGAUAAUACUUAUCCUGAAGUAGAGGUAUUGCCAUUCUAUCACUUGGGUAUGGAUGACAUACUGCCCACUCAAGAACCAUAUAUUCCACGCGUCAACAAAAGGACCACAUUUUAUAUCCGAGAAGACGGACCUAUUGUUGUUAACCGAAACUUCUUAUCCGAACUAAUGGAUGAUAUUUCUAGUCUGAGUUCUAAAGACAAACGAAUCAAAAUUAUGAGAUUCUUUGAGUCGGAAAUGAACUCUUUGAAAGUCAAAGCUAUUGAAAUUCAUAAUAAUUUAGAAAAUAUUGUUAAUAUUAAACACUAA